UGAACGUUGAGUGGACUGCUUUAUGAAUGUUGCGCUACUUAGCUGUGAUCAAUUCGUUGUUCCAAAAUUCGUAGUAAUAUAUAUUCGAGACUUCAUCUUUUGGUCUGAGUAGAUACUGUAUCCAGAAUCUCAGCUAUUCCUAUCAUACUGAUUCUUAUCUAUGACUGAACGGAAAGUUCUCAAUAAAUAUUUCCCUCCAGAUUAUGAUCCUUCAAAAAUACCUCGUCUUAGAAGAGGUGAGAGACGUAAACAAUUCAAUAUACGUACAAUGGCUCCAUUCAAUAUGAGAUGUAAUACAUGCAAUGGAUAUAUUUAUAAAGCGAAAAAAUUUAAUUCUCGAAUGGAAACUGCAGAGAAUGUUGAUUAUUUAGGAUUAAGACAUUAUCGUUUUUAUAUUCGAUGUCCUAUAUGUUGUGCUGAAAUAAUUUGGCGUACAGAUUUAGAAAAUGGUGAUUAUAUGCUAGAAAGUGGAGCUAAACGAAAUUUUGAAGCAUUAAAAACAGCUGAAGAAUUAGAAGUUAAACGUCAAGCUGAAGAAGAAGAAGAACUUGCUAAUAAUCCAAUGAAAUUAUUAGAAAAACGAACUGAUCAAAGCAAACAAGAAAUGGAAAUGGUUGAAGUGAUUGAAGAUUUAAAACAAUUGAAUCAACGACAAGCUACUAUGGAAGCAGAUCAUGUUUUACUUAGAAAAAUGUGGCAAGAAGAAGAAGCUAUAAAAAAAGCUGAACAAGAAGCUGAUGAAGCAUUAAUAAAGGAGUUACUUGCAUCUAAAUCGGAACAUGUUCAUCUAUUACCAUUAACUGAACCCGAAGUUAAUAAUCCUGUGAAAGUGAAUAAAAUACCAGACAUGAAAACUUUACUCGAUUCUACUAAAAAAGGAUCAGUUGAUGUAAACUGCUGAUGAUCUCGAUGCCAAACGAGCGAAACAAUUGUCCGGUGUUUAGAUUAAUCUGGCUGACUGGUAAUCUUCUUGGAUGACGUCCACGAAACAAUUGAAAUUAUUGGUUGACAACUUGAUAGAAGUGGGAAAUCUUACUUAAAACGUCAACUUCAAGGCAUACUUCUUCUACCGAAACAAUUAUCAUCUGAAGCGAAAACUUCUAAAAUGGAUCCUAUUUCUAAUAUUAAUGAUGUUUCAAGUUGUACAGUUGACAAACCGUUGAAAAAUGACAAAUCAUUACAGAAUACUGUUGCUGCUGCUGCUGCUGAUGAUGAUGAUGAUGAUGCGCAGUCAUGUUUACCUUUACCUGGAAUGAUAUAUUCAGAUCAUAGUGAUAGUGAUUGAAAAAAGAUGAUGUGAACAAAAACACACAACCAUAUUCAUCACUUUUGUACAGGUUAUCUAAAUUCUACAGGUUUGUAUAAUAUGAUUUGGUUAGUACUACAAAUUUGUUCAAUGUCACUAUCAUAGUUAGACAGUUUUAUAGAAUACCUCUCGAUUAUCGAAAGGUUGAAGAUCUCGAUCAAUACACACUGUCACUGAAGUUUCAAAUCGGCUGCUUGAUUUUCUCAAGUUUGUUGUUAUCCAGCUGUAAUUAGGUGUUGAUUAACUAUGGAUCUUAAGAUGUUAGAUGCUAUUUCAGUCUGAGAAAAAACUACUUAUUACCUUUUAACUUACGUUUGUAUUUUCUGAAAUAUUGUGGUAAAAGUGACAUUCAUAUGAAUUAUUUGAGUGAGUGUUGUUAUUUCCACUGGGACUCGAACUGGGGACCGAUCGAUUCAAAUGCCAGAACACUAUCCACUAGAUCAUUGAGACACGAUAGUCACUUCUUGUGGCAAGGAGAAACACUAAA